AUGUUACAUGUUGUACACGGAAUUAUGAUUAGCAAAACAUUUAUCUUAUGUAAGGGUCACAAAAUUACAAAAGUUGAAAGAGCUGUUGGUUUUACAAAGAUUUCUCAGUACCUGGGCUUUGAGCUUCUAAAAAAAGAGCUUUUGAAUGGCGAAGGCGGUACUAAAAAUCAAAUUGAUGGACAGGAUGCGAGGAAAAGAGAUAGGAAUGACGGGCAACGGGUGAUCAAUAAUAAUUUUUGGAUAAUAUUUGAAAAUUUGAAAACGACAGUGGAGCAGUUCUUGCAUUCUGCGAAAAGAAAUGGUGGGAAAGUGGGGGUGUUGCAGGUUGUUAUCCUCCCCGGUAGUUGGACUUCUGAGGCUUUAGUGAUGGAUAAGGAGAGGCAGGAUACGAAGAAAUGA